AUGCUGCGCCGUCUCCGCGUCGCCCCGCUGCUUUUCGCAGCCCUCGCCCUCGACCUGGCGGCGCCGCUCCGGGCCCAGGGGCAGGAGGCCACGGCUGCUGCCGCCAACGACACAGCCGUAAGCGAGCAGCAGGCAGCCAGCGAGCGGCGUGUGUUGCAGCGGGCGGCGUGCGGUGUUGCAGAGCCGCGCCUCGAGCUGCUGGACAUCCGGCGGCGGCCGCCGACGCGGCUGCUGGGGGCGCGGCUGCGCAUGCCCUGCUCCUGCCAGGACCUCACCUGCGGCUGCUGCGUCGGCAUGCGGAUACAGGCCUUCAGCUUCGACCGGACCGCGUGCAUGAACCUCACGUACGACCCAUACGAGUUCGCGCUGGUGGCCGACGUGCUGAUGGACGGCGACUCUCUCUACCAACAGACCAUGUCAGCAAAGAACCCGCCGCCGUUGUGCAUGCCGGUGCCGAUCCCGUACGCGCCGUCUAUGGACAUGUGCAUGCGUCUGUGGGACGUGUACACGCCGGGGCUGAACCUGCACGCGUGUCUGGACAUGGAGGCACGCCUGCAGCGGGCGCCCGUGCUGGUGCUGCACUUCGACUGCAUGGUGAUGGGGCGCGACGGCGUCGCGCUCGUCAAGCCGGGCGAGGAGGGGCUGCCGCCCGUCGACGAGCCGACGGCGGGGGGCGGCGGCGACGACAUCUACGACGAGGUGACCGAGGACCGCAAGCAGGCGUCACCGGGGACCGCCCGGCCGGGCCCGUAGU